AUGGUGCCCGGAAGAGACAGUGACAGAAACCUGGAGGGCUGCCCUCAGACGCGGCCAGCCCGAGGCAUCUUCUACAGAGACUAUCUAGGAGGUUUCAGGCGGGCCCUUCUGUGGUGUCUGCUCUUUAGAUAUGCUGAGCACGCUGCUGGACUGAUGAUGAUGGAACACACAUCUUGGGGGGGGACUCUUCCUCCGGAGAAGGAGCUGCUGGUUUGGUAUGGGAAUCUCCCUAGGAGUGAGCACCACAAUAUACAGAAGAAGAGCGCAGACGACUCUCAGGUGUGCGACGCCGCGUCUUCCUCGCUGUCCUCCUCUUCCUCCUCGAGUCGCAUGCGCUGCGUCAUCUGCCACCGCGGCUUCAACUCCCGCAGCAACCUGCGCUCGCACAUGCGCAUCCACACACUGGACAAGCCCUUCGUGUGCCGCUUCUGCAGCCGCCGCUUCAGCCAGUCCUCCACGCUGCGCAACCACGUGCGUCUGCACACCGGCGAGCGCCCUUACAAGUGCACCGUCUGCCAGAGCGCGUACUCGCAGCUGGCCGGCCUGCGCGCGCAUCAGAAGAGUGCGCGACACAGACCCAGCGGAUCGAACUCUGAGGCCGUGCACAUGCCAGCCGUUUCCCAUCCUGCACUGCUGCGCCACAUCCCCGCCAUGGUGCUCUGAGAGCGCAGGCGCAGACGCAUGCACUUUAAUCAGCGCCAACCUUCUGCAAUAAGAGCCACGGCUGGAACUGUGAGAGAAACCACGGGCUGGAGGAUGAGGAUGAGGAUGAUUGUAAGAGAGAAAUGGACGAUCACUGGAUGCAGAUCACAAAUCAAACAUGACUCAUAAACAGGGUUUCUGCAGGCUUUAUUAGACCAAGUAAAGAUAACCUCAAUAUGGCCUUAGCAACACGAUUUUCAAAAUAGAUCUCCAAUACUUUUAAAAACUUUAUGCUACUUUUCCUCAGUGUUUUUGUCUUGUUUUCCGAUUGAAUUUCUGAAGAUUCCAAGCAAAAUAUCAUAAAAAGUCUUGUUUUCUGAGAAACUGAUCAAAAUGACGUGAGUUUAUGACUAAAACAAGAACAGAUAUCUCCAGGUUCAGGUUCAGAGAAAUAAACUCAAUGCAAUGCAAAGUUUUCAUUCCCCGUUCUGGCUUUAAUCAUAAACUCACUUCAUUUCUCAGAAAAUAAGACUUCAUUUGUUCAGUUUGCAUCUUAAAGAUGUUGUUAUUUAAGAGAUUUAUUUUUGCAGUUCAUGCAGCAAUGAACACCAUGACUUUAUGAAUUUAAGACUCUGAGUUAAAAUAUUUUCAGGCCUUGGUUUCUUGAAAAAGUGAAUUUUAAACGUGAUGUGAUGAAGACAAACACAAAGGAAAA